CAGCGGGCUCUAGGACCUGGUGGGAGUCGAGAGCAGAGCUUCUGCAAGAACGAGGUUGUUUAUCAAGUUGGAGCUGAGAUGGAAACGAGAAGAGAGAAAGAGAGAGGGACAGCCUUGGCUCUGCAGCUGGUGGCUCUAAUCCUGCAGGGGAUCCUGGCGUGUGGAAUGGCCCAACGGCCAGACUGUAUCCAGUCCAAUGGGAUAAGUUACAGAGGGGAGCAGCAAAUUACAUCACAAGGAAUGAAUUGUGCAAACUGGAUGCACAGUGAGCGUGAUUAUAACUUGGCUCUGUAUCCAGACAGCAUAGCAGGUGUGGGAGACCACCAUUUCUGUCGAAAUCCAGAUGACGUGGAUGGGCCCUGGUGUUAUGUGUCUGGUGAGGGAAGACCAGUUCGACAACCCUGUAGCAUUCCAAGAUGUAAUAGUACUUCUCUGAAUGAAGAUCUUAAUCCCACAACAGCGGAGCUGGAAACAGCAAAUAUUGAAUUGAGUGCAGGUCAGAUUGAUGAUCAAGUUAUAUCAGUGCCGUCCAAGAAUGCUGAUACUGUGAAGCAACCAGACAUUGGAAUGAGGCAGCCUGUGAGGCAAACUGCUAAACAGAAGAAGGAUCUUGGAAUUUUAGGUCAGGCUUUGGCGAUUGGAAUGAUGACCAUUAUAAUAGUGUUGGGUGCUGGCAUCAUCUUGGGCUACAUCUACAAACGGGGACAAGACUUGAAGAAAAAGCAGGAGCAGCGAGCCAGUGAACGAGAAAUGCAUCGUAUAAUGUUACCAUUGUCAGCCUUUUCCAACCCCAGCUGUGAGCUAGUCGAUGAAAUAACUCAGGUGGUGGAGAACCCUCAGAUAGGAAACGAUGAAAGCAGUGAAAGGACCAGUCCCCUCGUAGGCACAGCUGGCACUCCUGGGGCUUGAGUUUGGAUGCAACCCAACUGAGAGGGAUCACUGGAUCUGGAUUUCAGACUUCGGUUGAGCAAGUGGGCUGUACAUGGAGUUUGCAUUUGAAGCCUAACUCAGACCAAUGCCAUUAAUAAAAUCUCUCUGAAUAGAGAAGUCGCUCAGAGAACUGCCAAGGAUGGCACAGUGUCUGCUUCACCUGCAAUGUAGGGAAGGACCAGGCCACAUCAGGCUGUUGGCCAUCAGUGCAUGAAUUCAGCAAUUAUUCCAAUGUGACGGUAAUUCAGGUGAUGGUUGUUUGUUUUUAAGAGCAGCAGACAGUGUGCUGCAAGCGUGCUCAAUUGGGUCCUUUCUGUAAUAUCCACUUCUAACCUGUACCAGUUUAUUAGAGGGUGGUACUUGAACAUGUAAACAGCCUGCUUAGCAGUGUUUUAAAUACUAGUCAACCAUGUUUAACUUACUAUUGAAUAUAAACAUUUUUGAGAAAGUG